CGCCUCUCCCGGAUGUCCUGCUUAUGUUGUUGCAGCGCUUCAGAGCCAGCUGUUUUUUAGCAGAACAGCUGAGAUUUUAUUUCUCACUUUCAUUUCAAUUCAACCUCACAGCUAUUUUUUUCUUUCCCAUUCCUGCAGUGUCUUUAUCCACUCGCUCCAUUUCUGCCUCUGUGUGUGUGUGUGUGUGUGUGUGUGUGUGUGUGUGUGUGUGUGUGUGUGUGUGUGUGUGUGUGUGUGUGUGUGUGUGUGUGUGUGUGUGUGUGUUCACGGAGCAUGGUGGUGUCAACAUCACAACAAGUCGCCCUGGCUUUCACGGCCGUGCUUUUCACGUUUGUUGUCCUGCCCAGGAUGUUCGGUGUUGGCGGCGGAACCGGGACGAAGGAGACCCGGUUCGACCCCCGGCACACCAGAAAAGCAGCGGGUCCGGGACCCGGUGCAGUGAGAGGUCAGCCCAUGAACCUGAACGCACCGGGCUCCCCGCAGAGUCCGGAGAACAUGCAGCAGAUGAAGAAGCUGAUGGAGCAGGAGAUGAAGAGUGACAAGUUCAAAUCCAACAGCAACAAGGGCUACGUGUUCACGCUGAUGCCUCUCUACGCCAUCGGAGUCGGAGUGUUUGCUGCCUAUAAGUUCCUAAAGAUAAAGUCUGCAGACGACAAGCAACAACAAAAUGUCAAAGUUGUGAAAGGAGCUAAAAAAUCAGUGGAAGCAGAGAACCAGUUGAACGAACUGGAACAAAGGCUGGCGCAGACGGAGAGGAUGCUGAACUCCAUCCUCACACAGCUGGACCCGCUCACUAACUGUGUGAAGUCCGUGGCCCAGGACCAGAAGAACGAGAUCAUGUCCCAGCUGCAGACAAUCCGGGUCCUGAUGAAGAAGAGAGGGAUGGACUGCCCCCCCCUCAACAUCAACGAGUCGUCCUGCGAGCGAAAUCUGGAUGACCUCAUCGAGUCGCUCGGAGCCAAGGACUCCUCUGCAGCGGAAACUUCUCCAGAGGUUUCCGGACAGAUCCCUCCGGGCCGUGUGGAAGACGAUGCUGCAGCAGAAGGUGAAGAGUUGAAAGAAUUGAAACCUGAGGAAUCAAACGGGGAAGAAGCAGAGAAAGAAGAGGAGGAGGAGGAGGAGGAGGAGGAGGAGGACGACGACGACGACGACGACUCUGAGCUCAUGCCUUCACUAGAAGACUCGUACGAGACUAACAUUGAGGACGUUGGAGCAGAGGCGCUUGUUUCCGGCCUCAGGCGCCGAAACCGGCCCGACUGAACUCACUGUGGAGAAAUGGGAUGGAAGAUUAUCAAAACCUGAUUGUCUUUCUCUCCAAAAUAGUCUUCUUGCCUGCAGUGUGAACCCAGAAAUGUAGAGUACACCAAAGUUUGAUGAUAGAAAUGUAUAGUACGGGUCCCCAGCACAUAGAAACUGCCGGAUGCUAACCUGCUUAUGUUGGGCAAUUUGCACAAUUAGCAUCAAUUAGCAUAUGACAGAUGGCUGGAUAAAAGAUGGCUUGGUUUAUUUGGUCUGGUUUUUUAGAUAUAUUGAGGAUGCUGAAUUAAUUUCUGACAUUAUUAGGAUGAGAAAUGGCAGUUUCGAGUCCUCCAAACUCUUUAAAAGCGACCCAAAAUUAGCCAAAAUAUGGCCACUUUCUGAUUAAAACUGCCAUUUUUGAUCCUGAAAAUGUCAGAAAUUGAUUCAGCAUCCUCAAUAACCUCCAAAACCACAACAAAAUUAUCCAUAUUGCCAAAUCAUUUUUGUAGCUAUUGUCUGCGUAUGCUAAUUCAUGCUAAUUGCGCAACACAUGCAUGUUAGCAUCCGACAGUUUCCAUGAGCUGGGGACCCGUACUAUACAUUUGUAUCAUAAAACUUUGGAGUCCUCUUGUUCACAACAGGACUUCUAUGAGCUGGCAAACUAAAAGGCUGUCUACAUAUUUAAAUCAUAUAUUGCAUUCAUAAGAAACUAUAACACAUGAGGCUCUAUGUUCCUGUUGCACUCACAAGGACAACCAUGUGCACAAGGUCAAUGAGUCCAUAUGAUACUCGUAUAUAGAUGCAAAAAGAGCUACAUGACAUAUUCACCCUCUCUGCUCCUGUCAAACUACUCGUUUCAUAGCUUUGUAACAGCUGUGAGAAUUGUAUGGCAUUAGGAUUAGGAAUCUGAAGCUACAUUUAUUCAAAUUGUACCUAUAUACUUCCACCCAUCUUCAUAACGUGGUGCAGACGUGCUUACCAAAGAUUGUUUUUAGUUGUAAAUAUCGGUGUGAAAUAGUUUUUCGUGCAUGCAUAUUGUUUUAAACUCAGACCCCCCUUCUACCCCUCAAAAAGAAAAAUCAAUCCUCUCACUUCUGCACCAUAGAGCCCAACUGUUCUGCUAAAGGUCAUUUCGCCAACACUUAUCAUUGCCUUUUUUUAAGAGUGAAAUGUCUACAUGUAUAUUUAUUUCAUUGGCUCUGUCGUUGUGCAUUUAAAGGAGGCUGUGUUUGGUUUUCCUUUCACAUGGUUAGUCCAAGAGUGCAUUUUAAGGACUGACAUGUCUGAUUGGACUGCGUUGUUGUGCCCUGAUGAAUCCCACCGGAAGUGAGCCUCGGAUGACUUAUCUUAAAAACCCUCAGCUUGUCGGUUCCGUUUAGAGAAAAUGUGCGGUCAUGGUUGCAUUUCAACCCCCACAACAUCCUGUUUGCUCUGAAUAUCCACAAAUGAACGACAAUCACCAUUUCCUGUUUCAUCAAAAAGGGAUCGGCACUAAUGCUGCCCGACAAUAUGAGCUCCAUAUUUUCAUGUGUUGUGAAAAUGUGAACUCGUGUUUGGGCAUGCUGGUCAUACAUCAAAACCAACCGCAUGUACUUUUUCAGAAUCAUUUCAUUCAUUCAAUAGGAAAAUGACAAUCAUUUGGUUAACCAGAAACACAUUUCCUCUUGUUACAUUUCGCAUUUUAAAUCAGCGUUAUUUUGGAUUUGUUUAAUUGGAUACUAAUAUCAUAGAGGUUGUAUUGCUCAAUCAUUGUGUAACAUACAUUAAGCUACUAUCAACGUGCUUCCUUCAAUAUCUAUGACUUGAUUCAGGUGUGGAUUUUUGUUUUUCAAAUGACAACACGUCUUGUUAUAAUUUGUGCAGAUGUCAGUUAAAAGCAUGACUCAAUGACAUGAAUUAUGGGCAAAAAUCCCCCCUGUGAAGUUAUUAAUCGCAGCAUGUGUGAUCAUUAUGUGUGUCUUGUCUGUUACAUUUAGGACUAACUCCUCAUUGCAUAAUAGUGGUUGUAUACAUGAAGUUUAGUUUUUGAUAAAAAUCCAUUUAAAAGACUGAUUAUGUUUGCAAAAAUGAGAUUCCCCAUUAGUAAAGUGUAAUCAUUUCAUAUCACAUGUUGUUAUUGUGAAGCCCUGACAUCAUUGCCCUAUUAUGGGCUGUUUGACCACUGAAUCAUGACUCUUUAUUUAUGUAUUUAUUGCCCUAUCACACAUAUUUGCCUUCCUUUGUUUUUCUAAAUAUGUGUAUCACUCUUUCCCCUCGAUGCAUAGUCACAUUUCUGUGUUGAACGUUGUAUGUUUCAUGUGGGAGUUGCCUUAGGAGAAAAUAAAACACCCCCCCCCCCAAAAAAAAGGUAAUGCUGCUGGUUUGGACUUUUGAGUUUAGAUUUAUGAAUCAAGGCGGAUGUGGGAGAAGCACUCAGAUCUUUUAAGUUAUAUUAGAGAUAGUAAAUUGUAAAAGUAAUCUGUAAGUCCUGCAUUCAAAAUCUUCCUCAAGAGUAUAAGCAUCUUAAUAUCCUUAAAGUACCAAAAUCGAAGUACUCAUUUCAAAAUCCUAUAUAUUAAAUAAGUGGGUUAUGAUCAGAGGUGGAAGAACUACUCAGGGACAAAUACUCCAUUACAAGUGAAACUGUUGGUAAUAUGUUCUAUGAUCUUUCUGUUUUGUACCUUAGAGAUGUUUAAAGAUGAGAGAGAUUUUAGAGGGAUUAUGUUCAUGGUUUUCAAUGUAAAUUCUGAAAAGCUUAAUAAAUAAUACAUGAAUUAA